AUGGAUGCAUGGGGCCCUUGGUCGGCUUGGGCCUACGACGAGGGACAACAGUUCAUGUAUCGUGUUCGGCAGGAUAUAAAUGGAAAUCUAGACUAUGAUUACAACUAUGACAUCCCCAGGGAGUCUGGGGAUGUUGCGGGAAUAACUCAAACCCUGGGAAGCACCAGUCUCUCCCCGUCUUCCUCGAGCUACGAACAGCAGCCGCCCGGUUCACCAGCUAGUCACAAGGAAAAAGAACGGUCCAAAUCAUCCAAGUCGAAAAGCAAAGACAAGGAGAGGUCAUCCAAAGAGAAGAGCGGCAGCAGCAAUAGCAGACAUUACCCACAUGAUAAGACUUCUUCACAUCGCAAAGGACAUGGAGGGUCGUCUGCUACGACGGCUUCGCAUGGCCACGGAAGCUUUGCUAUGACGCCGCAGCAGAGCUCCCAGACCCCGUCUUAUGAUCAAGUACACCCCUCAUUUGAUCAGAAUAAAUACCUUUUUCGUGGCGGCUAUCAGUCGCCAGAAACAUCCUACCAUUCCGCAGCAGGUUCUAGCUAUGAUGCGAUCGACAAUCAACAGGCGCUGCCACAACCGUUCGAUAGCAUACAAGCCUUGUCCUAUGGCAUGGGUCAGUCUACUGCCGGCCCAUCAGACUUUAACUACUCUGCUUCACCCCACACCUAUGAACCGGAAGAUGAUGGCGCCGUCACUCCUCGAAACCACAUUGCCGCAGACUCGGAGGACCAAGACUUGAUCGAUCCAAGAUAUCGAGUUGAGCACUCGAGUAAAUUCGACCCAGGAGCGAUCUUCAAGGUGCUCUGGUCGGAACCGCAAGGAUCAUCGGACGGCCAGAAACAUCACAGUGUCUCUGGGAAACAAGAAAGACUGGACAGAUUUGGCGUGAAAUUCCAUGUUGGAUUUCGUCGCUUCAUCGUGAUUGCAAAUGACCAUGGGCAUUGUACCUGUGUCCCGAUCCUCACCUACGGCGGCAGAGGCUGUAAGAAAUCAGGGGUGAAACCAAACAAGCAUGGAAUCGUCUAUGAAGCGGGCCAGAGACCUCGUCAAGUCGAAGGUGAGCCUCGUCUAGGCUUUCCUGCUGUUCAGGUCCACCUGACCGAAGAUGGUGAGAGGCUUUCUAGAGAGUCGCGCGUGAACUAUUCCAAGCUAGUAACAGUCGAACAUAACGUCAGUGUUUUUUUCAUUGGAUUUGUUGCGCAGGACAGCUGGCCAAUUGUCGAAGACGCCGUCAAUCAAUGUUGGGACGAAAAAGUCCAUCACCGACGCCCAAAGCAUGAGAGAUAG